CAACCAGGCACUUUCCCUGCCUCUGCCUCUGCCUGUGCUGCCAGAGACCUCCCCUUCUAUCGUUCCUUCCACAGACACGCUCGCUCUCUUCUCCCCAACGAUCACCGACGGCGUCAAUCGGAUCGAAUCGAAUCCGACAUCAAUGCAUUCGCAAAAGGGAAAGGGUCGACGGUGCUGAUUGCCGCAUUGUUGGAACGAGUGGCAGCAGGAUGGAGGCAGAGGCCCCUGUUCAGGCCUCACAUUCGGCCAAGAAUCGCACGCCAGAGAGCCUGCGGCAGCGUCAACGAGACCGAAUGUCGCCGCGGGGCCGCUUUGCAAAGACGACUCGCAUUUCCACGACCAUCAGAGAGAUUGACGGGGCUCCAAAAGGCGGAAUCACGCUCGCCCCUGCCCCUCGGUCAAAAACAAUCGGGAAUCGAUCACCGGAGUUGACGAAGAAGAAACAACUCCAGGAGGGGCUGCGCAAGGAGAACAGUAUCAACCGCCGGGCGAGAAGAGAGGCAGAGGAUCUGAAAUUUGACAUUACCCCAGACGGCGGCUCUGCUGGACGAGAAGGACGCCAGUUCACCGUUGCCAAGGUUGGAAACAAUGGCAAAAUAUACCUCCGCCCUACCAUCCGCCCUGCAAACCAACGAUACCCUCAACCUUCAUUUGUGUUUCCCGUCACCCCACCAAGCACCGCUGGACUUGAUGCGUUGGUCGCCCGCAACGAAGAAGUAGACAAGACCCCACGAGAUAGUCUCUGGACGCCAACACGUUCGCCUUCCUCGACCGCACUUCCCACUCGGGAUCACUACUUGCCACAAUGCAAAAUCCCGUCCCAGAAACCACACCGCCAGCGCGCACACUCGUAUUCCACCAUCGAUGAACAGCAACGACCUGUACGGGACUCCGAUGUUGGCGCAUUCAGGGUGGUGAUAGAGAGGCCUGGAACAGGACCUAAAUCUCUCGAAAGUUUCGACGGCAUACCGACUCUUGAGGUUCCUAUACCUUCGUACAAACUUGGCACGCCGAGGUUCAGUACGCGGGGUACAGCCUUUCUUCGCGGGUCCAUGACUACCACCGAUGAUAUGCGCUCGAGUGUCUUCUCAGGCAGAGAUAAUUCCAGAGAUCCAAGCUUCCACCCUUCUGCUCGAAUCCUUUCGAGGCGGCACUCUGACGCGUCACCCCAACCGCAUUUUCCAGCUAUGGCCCCGUCAAGUCCAUUCGAGGGUCCCUCGUUGCAGUCACCUGGUAUUGCUCGACAACGAGUCGCGAUUAUCCCUGAGAUGUUUGAUGCCCUCACCUUCAAACCUGCAUGCGAUCAUCCUUCAGUUGUCCGAUACUCGAUGAGUCGUGGGAUCAGGGCUGCAACUCCGGCGCGUCUAGUCGCUGAGAUCACAUCACCCACUUUCGUUGACUACGAUCUUCUCUCUGACUUCUUCUUGACCUUCCGCUCUUUUCUAGAGACCACUGAUCUUCUAUACAUGCUCAUCGCGCGCUUAAAAUGGGCUCUUUCCCGUGACGAUGAGACGGGGACGGUGGUAAGAGUCAGAACCUUUGUUGCGAUCCGACACUGGAUCUUGAACUACUUUCUGGAUGAUUAUGUUGUUGACUACGACCUGCGGAAGUCAUUCUGUGACCUUCUCAAUAAUUUUGUCACUGAGUUGUCACAAGAUCCUGUCCGGACCAAAGUGCCUCUGAAGAUCCUCGGGGAGCUUAAGAAGUGCUGGAGAAGAGUGUGUUCACUGUACUGGGAUGGACCUGACUUCGAUAUUGAUCUGGGGGCUGAUGUUGCUAUCCUUCCCGGAGGUGUUGCCGGAUCUCGAAAUCCAAGGCUAGACCCAAGCUUUUGGGAAACGCAACCAAAUGGGCCACCCAGGCUUGACGGAAUCAUCGAGCCGGAUUUUACCGACCGAGACCCCUCAGCCGCAGACGGCCUUAACUUCUUUGCUGAUGUGUCUCGCGCUGGGCACCUAGAUUCAGUGGUGGUUCCUCGUGUUCCAACUGUCCACGUUGACAACCUACCAGAUGAGCCACCACUUUCUCCUAGUAGUAUCGUCAGUGAGGAUUUCGUCUCAUGUUCGUUUCCUUCCCGUACCCCUCGAGGAGCAGGAGCUGCCCAUCCCGUUGGUGCCCAUCCAGUCCCCGCGAGCUCAAUAUACGACCCAGUCCCUCAUGUGGCAACGACCCCAAAAGCUCUAACUGGCAAGCGUGUCCGUCCAACGCAUGCACACAAGCGCAGUGCCAGUUUUUCGGAUUCCUUCAGAGACCAACGAGCGCAGCAAUCUGUCCAAAAAGUUAUUUAUAAAAGUACCGAAAUCCUUCUUGCCCUCCCAUAUGCUGGAAGCCUUGUCAGAGGGAAUAUGUUCCCCCCUGGGCAAGCAUUCGUUGAAGUAAUCGCUCCAAGUACUCCAGCUGAGGCAAAUCGGGCAACAACAUUCUUUCCUGGGCCACCAGCAAAUCAGAAAGGCCCUUCCGCGAUGUCAGGACCAGGAAUGAAAAAGCUGUUGGGCAGUGUUCGUCGAGCUUUGAGCACCAGAACCGGCCCUAGUCCGAAUUCUUCACCAACACAAGGCAGCUUUCCCCAUAUUCCCCCACUUGGUAUUCGCGGCGCUACUAUCAAUCGACUGCCAGGGACAGCUGUUGUCCCCCAGGCUCGUCCUAAGAAUACUGGAGCUAAAGCACCGAUGCGAAUCGAUUUACUGGGUGCAGAGGUCGCUGAAGAUUUUAAGAAGGCCGUGCGAGAAGACGCUGAAGCCGAGGCUAAGCAGCAAGCAGCAGAAGGACGCAAAUCGCAUAGGAGUAGUGAGCGCGACCUUGGUCUCCAAUACUCCAGCAUGCAACCGGACGAUACUCUUGAGACAUCCCGAAGUGGGAAUCGCCGCGCGCCUGUCAGCGAGAUGACAACUGGUAGUAAAUCUAUCGUUAUCGUUGACGAUACUCUACCUCUAGAUCUGCCCUUUAUGACCGGUGCGCUGCCGAUGAAUCCGUCAGUAGACACAUUUGCCGACGCCUUCAUGCAACCUUCUGGUGGCCCGACUCCCCCUUCAACGCCCCCUGAAGCACCAUUAGGAACGCCUCGACGAUCGUCACAUCUGUUGGGGAACCACACAGGCAAACGGUCGUUUUCGUUUGACGGAACCGUUGAGGGAACCCCGUCCUUGAUAGUCGACUCUCGCCCUUCAAGAGAAGAUGAAUACUCCCCUAGCCAUCGACCUCCUGGACGGCUGGCUAUGCGCCCGCCAAGAAGCCAGUCCUACAAAUCCAAGAGAUCCCUAUCCUUACGACGAUAUGCUUCUUAUCAUAGUGGAUUUACGAGACAGAGGAGUGAGCGCAGCUUCGAUGCGAGCACGUUCUCCGAAGCCGAAGAUGCUGAACGCAUGUCACAUGUAGAAUCUGUACCAUUACCACUCCGUGUCCUCCGAAGACGUCCUGGUGGUGACCUGAGAGCCGUUACUAACGUGGGUGAUCUGAGCGUCCACCCUCUCCGGAGACCAAUGUCAACCGGCUCUUUGACAGCCUACUCUGAAUCAGUGCGCAGCUCGUACUUGCUAGGGAACGACUCGACCGACUACGUUGACGUCGGGACCAGCGACUACGAUCAGUCGCAGUCAAACGCCAAUAACACCUUUUCCCUCGGUGCAUUAGCUGAAGCCUCGCCUAAGCCACAUGUAUCACUGUUCAGCACGCAUUCGUCUCAGCCCGUAAUGCGCCCCUCGUUUGAGAAGGAAGCUCAAAUGCUUGCUCAGAUACCUGACGAUGCGGACGACGACGGGGGCGUGGAGUCUGCGUUAUUGAAAUUGGAAGGAAAAUACGAGCAGCGACGGUCUGACCUUUCAGGGCAAAGUCAGCCUCGGGAUAUUCCAAGCCAGUUCAACAGUUUUGGUGCUGCUCCAUUUGAUGUUAGCACACUGACCCUUGAUGACGAAGAGGAAAAGCGAAAGCAUCGUCAGAAUCACGUUCUGGAAACGCCCAUCGUAAAGCCAGGUCCUUCACCUACCGCUUAUAGGCCUCUGCAGGUUCAACGUCCGGAAGAAUUGCAACCUGCUGUCUAUCAACCCAAAGGACUGCAGCCGAUAGUCCAAUCUCCAGUAUCCAUAGAUUCUUACAACUCCAUUCCCCUCCUUGAGAGGGGCUCAACAGACGACGGUCAUGAACGCCGCAGCAGAAGAGAGCGAAACUGGUCGGAUCAUUCAAUCCUUGUUGGGGCGAGUAAUGAGAGAAAAUUGCCUUCUCCAAAAUCCUCCCAUGCAAACUCCUUCGAUUUUAUUGAAGAAACAGACAGCAUGAAAAAGAUCUCGGUCGGUGCCACAAGACCAAGCGUCGACCAAUCUUUCUUAGAUAGCGACAGUGAUGAAAGAAGCGAUCUCUCGUCUGAACUCUCGGUGGAGGUCAUCUCAAGAACCGAGUAUACUGAACAUGACUCUGCCAACUCAAGAGGCUUCCCUCCCAUUCGACCUGGAACUGUUAUCACGGAGGUUGCACUCCCGUCGCAUCCAUUACGACAUCCGCCAUCGCCACCAAUGACUCUGGUGCAAGCUCUUCAGUUAUCACCAAAUACAGCAAACAUUCCACAAAUCCAUGCAAGGCAGCUCGAGCAAGCGAAGACACCGAUGCCCCCAACGCCUGAGAUUACUCCGACUGCGGUUUCUGCCAUUGGAGGAUUGGGAGGUGAUAGAGGUGCAUCGCCGUCGAUGGACCCGCUCAGAUCUCAUCGUAUUCCGGAGGCAUCUCGGAAAACUUCCGUUCAUUUGCCAUUCACUCUGGCAUUUGAUUCUCAGGUUCUGGCUCAGCAAUUCACUUUGAUUGAGAAGGAUGCUCUCAAUGAGAUUGACUGGAAAGAUUUGAUUGAGAUGCGCUGGAAAGAUGCUUCUACAGAAUCCAGAUCAUGGGUAGAAUUUCUGCGUACUUCUGAACCCCGUGGUGUUGAGGUCGUCAUCGCAAGAUUCAAUCUUAUGGUGAAAUGGGCAGUUUCGGAAGUCGUCUUGACCCAGGAUCUCCGUGAACGAGUUCAAUGUAUCAUCAAGUAUAUCCACAUUGCUGCUCAUUGUCGAAAGUAUCGCAACUUUGCGACCAUGACACAGCUCACUGUGGCGCUUACUUCGAAGGACGUUUCACGUCUGACAAAGACAUGGGCAUAUGUUCCACAAGUCGACAUGCAGACGUUAAAGCAACUCGAGGAUCUUGUAACUCCCACACACAACUUCCAUAAUCUGAGAGCAGAGAUGGAAGGCUCUGGUGCUGAUCAAGGUUGCAUCCCGUUUGUCGGCAUCUACACUCACGAUCUCUUGGUCAAUUCGGAGAGACCAAGUCAAAUUGCGAGUACGCCAACAACAGAGCCAUUGGUUAACUUCGAGCGAUGCCGUACUGAUGCUACAAUCGUCAAGAAUCUCCUCAGGCUACUCGAGGCAAGCCAGCUGUACAGAUUCUUACCCAUCGAAGGAGUUACCGAGAGAUGCCUGUGGAUGGCAGCAUUGUCUGACGAGGAGAUUGUGAGAUAUGGGAAGAUAAUUCAAGAAUGAUCGGCCACGCCCCUACAAUCAGUGCGCUCAUCAACCAUAUACUCAACAUCUUCCAGCUCCGUUCAUACCUUUAACGCCUCCACCGACCUCGCAAUUUCCUCGGAAACUUCCCACGAGUCCGUUCUCAGACGGGUACUUGUAAUAACUUAUACUUUGAUUUGCUUUUCUUGUGAUCAACAUGUCGCUUUUAAUGUGUGCUACUACGGUCUCUACAUUCUCUGUUUGUUUUUAUCCUGUUACGGCUUGACGGUCUUGUCUGUCGAUGAUGCAUACGAAUUUCUUAGGUUCUCAGCAGGUCCGAGAGGCGAGGACAGAGCAUGUUCAUUUUCAGAGAGGAGUAGAUAUUGUGAGAGUGGCUAUCACUGGCUGUGUGUCUCGUUGUGUUGGGUGUUAAGGGAUACAUAAUUGCUGGGUUGGUUGAGGGAGUUGUUGAUUUUGCAUUGCAUUGCAUGGCUGGCAUGGAUGGUAUACCCGGAUUUAGCUAUGAGCGUGUGG